UGCAGAAAAGUGAAAAUUGCACCUUAAAUACCGCAGAAUUUUAUUAUGCAAAAUGAAAAGAAAAAAUUAGUCUUAACCUAUGCUUCAGAGACGUGAACUCUGACUAUGAGGGCAGAAAGAACCUAGGUGAUCUUUGAAAGGAAAAUUAAGGGCUGUCCUGGCAAUGCUGAUGAUGAAAAUUUGAUGACCACCAAUGUCAAUGCGAAAUUUUCUGGUAGUUCCCAUGAUUCAUUUGUGUGGCGAUCUUCAGAAGUUCGGCAUGCACUUUCCAUGCAUCAAGAAACUGGCUCUUGGCUUUUAGGAAAGCAAUUUUUUAGUUUUGUGAGAUAUUUCAGAAGUGUGAAAAAAAAAUUCAAUACUUCAGGUGAUGCAUUCUAUCCUUUGGAACCAUGGUUGUUGACUCCUGUGUCUUCUCCAACUGUAGGAUGUGCUAAUGAAAUGUAUAAUAAGAAGCAUGCAACAGCCAGAAGCUGCAUUGAAAGAUGUAUUGGGGUUUUGAAAUCAAGAUUCCGCUGCCUACUGCAUGCAAGAGAAUUAAAUUAUGAACCAACAACUGCUGGGAAAUUGCAAAUGCCUGUGCAGUGUUGCAUAAUAUUUGCAGGCAUUACAAAUUACCUGAUGUUGAAAAUGAUUGCAGAGAAGAACCAUGGGGACCAAUUCCACUAACAGUUUUUGAAACAUCAUUAAGAGCUGCUGCUCUUAAAAUCAGAGAUAAUUUAAUUUUAACACGAUUUUAAAACUAAUGAUAAUAAAUAUUUUAAUUGAAUAAUAUGUAUUUGAUUCAGAUUUUGAAGUUAUAGAAGCACAAAUAAUACACAUCCUAAAUAUUUUUCUUUUUUAAUAUUAAAUCAAUUUUAUUACAAAAAUACACAUUAGAGUUAUUUUAGAUUUUGUUUUCUCAUUUGAAAAUUUAUUUUCUGAUUAUCAGUCUUAACUUUUUUAUUUUUUAACUGGAAAAUUUUUUUCUGUCCACGCACAAUGAUUUUCUGCAGCCAUUGCACUCUUAUGUUGAGCUAUUUUAGCUACUUUCUUCUUGA